AUGACGCCCAAUAGAAUCGAUGUCCAUCACCACUUUGUUCCAGACUUCUACCGCCAAGCCGUCGAGGUGUCCGGUGGUGACCCAUCUGGGUGGUUUAUCCCCGAAUGGACACCUGAGCUGGACCAAAAAGUCAAUGAAAAAUUCGGCAUCACUACUUCCAUCCUUUCCCUCACGGCCCCAGGAGCCUGCAUCCUGAAGGAUCCCCAGGCCUCUGCCAACCUAGCUCGGCAGGCCAAUGAGUUCUGUGCCAAGUUGCGAGAUGAACAGCCUAACAAAUAUGGCUUCUUUGCCGCACUGCCAAAUCUCCAAGACGAGAAGCUCACACUCAAUGAGAUCGCUUAUGCCUACGACGUUCUCAAGGCGGAUGGUGUGGUCCUCUUCACACGCUAUGGAAAGGGCAAUCACUAUCUCGGCCAUCCGGACUUCAAGGGAAUUUGGGCGGAGCUAAACCGGCGCUCUGCCGUGAUCCUUGUUCACCCUACCCACCCGGUUGAUACCGCCCAGGUCAGCGGUAUGCCACAGCCGGUCAUCAGGUAUCCUUACGAGACGACCCAGACCGCGAUCGACAUGCUGCACAACAAGACGGUCCGUAAUAACCCAAACUGCAAAAUCAUCUUAUCGCACGCUGGUGGUACACUACCUUACCUCAUCGGCCGCCCGACCAGUGUCUUAAACAAGACGAAGGAAGACGCCGACGCAUUCUGGGAUGAUGCUCGCAACUUCUACUAUGACACGGCCGUUGCCGGGACAGAAAACGUACUGUGUAUCCUGGAGAAGUUUGCCAAGCCUGGCCACAUACUAUAA